AUGCGGGGUCCGUACAACAUCUCAUAUAUUGAAGUGAUCCCAAGAUCAGAUUGCUGCAUUUAUGAUCAACAGGGGGCUGAAAUCCUCAUUGGUAACUCACUGGAGAACAAUGGCAACAACAAUCCCAGAUGUGGAGUCAUCACUGUGAUCAAUGAAAUUAAAUAUGUCUUUAACUGCGACCAGAUGGAAGGACGUUACGUCAAUGUUUUCAUCCGUGGUGUAGGAAGGCGACUUCAGCUUUGUGAGGUCAAAGUGUACGCCACUACAACCCUUACAGGAACCAACGUGGCACCGAGAGGAGUAGCCACACAGUCUGGAAGACCAGCUUCUGCAGCAACAGCUCCACAAAUGGCCAUUGAUGAAGACAGUGGGAAGGAUCCACAAAGCACCUGUGCUUCAGUUCCACUGCAAGACAACCCCUGGUGGCAACUGGACCUGAGGAGUAUCUACAAAAUAACAGCUGUGUCUGUCACCAGCAUCAGCGACUGCUGCUCAGAGGAGCUGGACGGUGCUGAGAUCCGCAUCGGUCUCAAAAAUGACACCAGCAACCAAAGGUGUGCCAUCAUCUCCAUUGCAACGGGACAGAGCAAAUACAACUACCAGUGUGGAAUAAUGGAAGGUCGCUUUGUCCAUGUUGUUCUUCCUGGACUACAGAAGAAUUUGACACUUUGUGAAGUACAGGUGUAUGUGCUUGACUCGAAGAAGAGAUCUGUGUUGAAGAUCCGCACUGACUUUGACAUGAGUGACCCGGUCAUUCAACAACAAAUCUUGAAGCAGCUGGAGACAAAUAUGAAAAGCAAGAGGAUCAGUGACUUCAAGAUCAGCUGGAGGACGUCAGGACGAGUUUCACGCAAGACUAAAGACAACAUAUACCACCUCAUCAAUGGCUCCCUGAUCUGGUAUGAGGCUCAGAGCUUCUGCAGAGUAGAGUGCACCAACCUGGCCACCGUGAACAACAUGGAUUGCAAUAACAUGCUGGUCAACACGUUGGGCAGUCAUGUGACAUACAGCUGGAUCGGGCUUUGGGCAGGUGGAACUCACAGACAAUGUAUGGUGCGGACAGAUGUCUCACACGGGUGUGUGGAAUGA